UCUAAACACAACUACAUAUAUAUAAAUACACUAUAAUCCAAAGUGUUGGGCCGUAUAGGCCAUCUAGUUUCUUGAUAAGAGCGACUUAAAUAAUUAAAGGAGUUCAUUACACAAAAUCCAAGUCAAAAAGCAGUUGUCCCCACCUCCCUAUUCCCACCACUUUGUCUCAAAAUUUCUUUCCCACCACUUGCCAAUGGCCACAACACUAUGUACAAGUAGAUAAGUUUUCACAUAAUAAAGGGCUUUUACGCUUCAAGAGUGAUAAGUUUUAUUACGCGACUUCAAUAAUCCAGUUAAGGCAGUUCCAAUAUCUUAAGCAAGUCUAUUCAUUACUUUCAUCUUGAAAUAUAUACAACUUGAUUGGAUAUUCUUAAAUCACACGUAAAGUAUCAUUGUCUUGCAAUCGUGAUACUUAAUUUACAUUCAUCAAGUUCAAAUUCUGAAUCCAGUUUUGUGACUGACAACAAGUAGUUAAUGUCAACUCCAAAUUCUCCCCUCCCUAGCCAUACUUCUCCUACCUCUACCGCCAAUCAUCCUCGUCGUCGUCGCUUCUCACUUCUACCAUGGAAAGGUGCAAAACCAAUCCCACUAGCCAUAUCCAUAUUUAUAGGCCUAAUUUUUCGCUUCGCCAUUCCAAAACCUCACCAACUCUCCACUAAAGCGUGGCAACUCCUAGCCAUUUUCCUCACAACUAUCUCGGGCCUCAUCCUAGGCCCGUUACCAGUGGGCGCAUGGGCUUUCCUCUGCCUCACACUCACCGUUGUCACAAAAACUUUAACAUUUGCUGCGGCAUUUGCUGCUUUCACUAAUGAAGUCAUUUGGUUAAUUGUUGCAUCAUUUUUUUUCUCAAGAGGUUUUAUUAAAACUGGUCUUGGUGAUAGAAUUGCUUUGUGUUUUGUGAGUUGGCUUGGGAAAAAUACUUUGGGCCUGUCAUAUGGGCUGGUUUUGAGUGAGGCAGCAAUAUCUCCAGCUAUUCCAAGUACAACUGCAAGGGCUGGUGGGAUUUUUUUGCCCAUAAUUAAUUCAUUAGCUGUCACUGCUGAUAGUCACCCAAAAGAUGGUUCUGCUAAGAAGCUUGGGGCCUAUCUUGUUCAAUCUCAGUUGCAGUCUUCAAGUAGCUCAAGUGCCUUGUUCCUAACAGCUGCAGCACAAAACCUGUUAUGUGUGAAAUUAGCUGAGGGUUUAGGUGUAAAGAUAUCAAGUAAAUGGCUCACUUGGUUCAAAUUUUCUUGUACACCAGCAGUUAUAUCUCUUCUAGCAACUCCAGUUAUUCUAUACAAGAUUUUCCCUCCAGAAAUGAAGGACACACCAGAUGCUCCAUUAAUGGCUAGAAGGAGACUGGAGCAGAUGGGUCCUAUUAAAAGUGAUCAAUGGGUGAUGAUGAUAGUAAUGCUUAUCACUGUAGCAUUAUGGAUUUCUGGAGAGGCUCUUGGGCUAGCGAGUGUUGUCACAGCAAUGUUGGGAUUGUCUCUACUUUUGGCUUUUGGAAUACUUGAAUGGGAUGAUUGCUUGAGUGAAAAAUCUGCAUGGGAUACCUUAGCUUGGUUCGGGGUUUUAAUAGGCAUGGCAACACAAUUAACUACUCUGGGAGUUGUCGCCUGGAUGUCAAAUGCUGUAGCUAAUUUCCUCAAAUCUCUUUCACUACAUUGGUUCGGGGCAUUUUGUGUCCUUCAAGUAGCAUAUUUCUUCAUUCACUACUUGUUUGCUAGUCAAACUGCUCAUGUUGCAGCAUUGUACUCGGCAUUUCUCGGAAUGUGCUUAGCGUCAAAAGUUCCUGGUCUUUUUGCUGCAUUGGCUUUGGGAUACAACACAAACCUUUUUGGCGCGUUGACACAUUACAGCAGUGGUCAAGCUGCAGUAUACUAUGGAGCUGGUUAUGUGGAACUACGCGAUGUCUUCAAAUUGGGCAUUAUCAUAGCUCUUAUUAAUAUUGUCAUAUGGGGAUUAGUAGGAGCUGGUUGGUGGAAGAUUCUUGGCCUUUACUAAAACUGAAUUACGAAUUUUCUGGUCUAAGAACUUCAGGAUGGACUGCAUGAGGCUCUAAUUUUUUGACUUAAAAGGGAAGGAACUUAGAACUUAAACUUAUGUCUCUGUUUCUGCACACUGCUAAUGGAUUAAAUAGAAGAUCAAUCGCCUUCCUUCAAUUGGUGUAAUCUCUAUUAAAACGUAUGUUGCUCUCGAAUACUUCAAAAAAAGUUGUACAUUUUUGGAGGAUCUGACACGCGUACAACAUAUUUUUUUUUUUUGGAGAAUCCGAGCGGUAUAGAUCAAAAUUUCUGAGAAGUGAAACACCAGAUUCGUAGGUGAUUUAUCUUACAUAUACUGUCUUUGUAAACCUUAAUGAAAAUGUUGUAUACAUUAUUCUAGCUAGUUAUGCAUUUUUUUAAUUAUUUUUC